AGCCCCCAGCGAGGCAAGGCGGGACACGCGCUGUACAGCUCUGGCCACCUGGAGUCUAUGGGGCACUGUUGCAGCGAUGGAGGCAUCCUGAAAGCCCCUUAGCAGAGACCAGCUCGGCAAGGGGAAACGGUAUCCACGUCUUGGGAAAACUGGGGGUCCUUUCUCCUGCACAUCCUGGAACUGGAGGGAAAGCUUUUUGCUUCCCCGUCUGCCCUCCACUGGUUGCACACCUGGUCAGGCAAGCUAGGAAUUCCAGCAGAUACUUACAGGAUGUGUACAGAUUGAAAACGAAGCAGCAUGGACGCCACAAAACCUUUGCUGCCACAAAUAGUAUCCAAAGUGGGAUUGCAUCUGACUGCCCUAAUAGUAUCAGGAGCACAAAUCAUCAUGAAUGCACAAUACAAAAAAGACAUCUGGAGGGGCCUUCCAUCUGGGAAUGUGUGAAGUAUGUGAGGCAGAGGGAGGCAGUGGCUGGAGCAUUUGAUUUGGAUGUGAGGAACCAAGGCUCAAAACCUCGCUCAACUAUGAAGCUCUGAACAGAGUUGGGCACCCUUGUGGCUUCAUGAAUGUCUGAUCCAGGCAGCUGCACGCUGCAGAUUCACAGAGCCAGCUCUGAGAACUUUGCUGCCACGGCUGAUUUUGGGGGGCCCAGGCCUGACAAAAUGCCCCCCUUCCCACCCCAGCAAGGAUGGGCUCGGGGUUCCUUCCUUCCCUUGUACAAUACACCAGCAGGGGGAGAACCUGGCUCCCAGGGAGAGAUGGAGCUCACAUGGCAAGAGAUCUUGUCCAUCUCAGAACUGCAGGGCCUUGAUAUGCCAGCUGAGAGUUGCUAUGACCCUGCUUUAUGUGGUCACGCACAACAGAUUGUGCCACCUCCCGGCUGCGGGCCAUGCACAGGAAUGGGAGAAAGUUCAGUCUCCAGCUACAGCCAUCCUGCUCCAGCGUAUGAGCGUCCAUACCAAGAAACUCUAGCAGGCCCUUGCACUGUCUACAGCUACACUGGCAUGCUGAUCUCAUCCUCCCUUGAGCCUCCAGGUUCUGCCACUAUGAGCGAAUGUAAAGGGGUACCAGGGAUGGUGCUGGAGAGAGACUUGACUAUUUGUUACGGAGCACAAGGGCCUUGCAAGCCCCAGGAGGACUUUGAAUCGGACUCUGGCUUGUCACUUAACUACAGUGAUGCAGAGUCCCUAGAAGCAGAGGGGCUGGAGCGGGCAGAGUAUACAUCUCUGUACCCCAUGGACCAUGUGCCACCCUACCAAAUGUUGCCCCCUGUGCCAGAGUUGCCCUUUCCCAAUCCACACCUGGAACAUUCUUUGGAGAAGGGGCGGAGUCCACGGGCUGAACUGGCUGGCAGUCGGGAUGAACGCCGGGCCCUAGCAAUGAAAAUCCCUUUCCCAGUCGAAAAGAUCAUCAAUCUGCCCGUGGAUGACUUCAAUGAGCUGGUGUCACACUUCCCCCUGAGUGAGCCUCAGCUGGCUCUGAUCCGUGACAUCCGCCGACGUGGCAAGAACAAAGUGGCAGCUCAAAAUUGCCGUAAACGCAAACUAGAGACACUGGUGCACUUGGAGCGGGAGCUGGAGGAGCUAGGCCUUGAGCGGCAGAGGUUGUUACGGGACCGUGGAGAGUUUAACAGGACUCUGGCACUCACCAAGCAGAAGCUGGGGGCUCUCUACCACCAGGUCUUUUGCAUGUUGCGUGACGAAGCUGGGAACACCUACUCCCCUGAAGAGUAUGUGCUGCAGCUCACCAUUGAUGGUGAGGUAUUCCUUGUACCACGCAACCAGCAGCCAAAUGCCACUGACUGAACAGAGCAGAUUCUGGUGGACACAAGCAUGGGGGACUGAACGGAGCCAGUUGAACCAAAAUAAGUGACCCUGUAGUUUUCAAGGGAGCUCAAGCAGCAUCUGCCCCAGACCUUGAGACAAGCCAAAUGUAAGAGCUCGUUAAAAUUGCAAGCCAUAUGGCAUUUGAACAUAUAUAUGUAUUUGCAAUUUAACAAAUGUCAUGCCUUUGAACUUAAAAGCACUUAAUUCCCGCACUAGCACAGCUAUGAGGGUGUGGGGAUGCUCAAGACCAGUGGCCAACCAGAUGUGGGCCUCCAGCCCACUCUAUAUAGCCAUCAGAACACUCUCCCCUGGCCAUAUCCAUCACUUGCCCUGCUUUGCACCCCAACUGUUAAAUGUGUCCUUGAAGUUCUUGCUUGCCUGAAUGGAGGAUAAAGAAGCUGUACUAAUAUGUGCAGAAACUACCUUAUUGUAUAAAGGUAAAUUUGCAUUUAUUGGGUUAUGGUGCUGGUCUAUGCUCCCUCACUGAAAUACCUCACUGAAACUUUUGUAUAAUUCCAUUUAGGGCUAUGUUUGUGACAAAAAAUAGGAACCCUGCAAGCACUCAAGAGGCACCUUUCUUAUAAUUUCUUUAAAAAGGGGCGGAGGUAGAAAUGGGAAUGUUAAACAGACACGGCUAGGAGGCUCCAGGACAAACACCACCAGAACCUACAAGGGAUGCCUUCCCUAGCUUUGAAACUACACAGCCUCUAGUCUAGAGCCUGGUACCCUCCAGAUGUUGAGUGGAGAGGCCAGUACGGAGAGCAUAUUAGCCAUAUUUACUCCUCAUGAAUCAGCACUAGUGGCAAGUGUAAUCUACCAAGUUUUAAGUUAAUUCCUUUUCAGCACCAGCCAGGACUGGCUCUCAGCACCAUCAGAAACCAUGUCUUUUCUCCUCCAUUUGCUGAACUAUCCCCAAUGUUGGCUGUACAGACUACUGCAGGUGUUUGAAAUAUUUACUCAGAAACUAUAUACAAGGUUGAGACAGGAAACUGUGCAAAGGAACCCACCUUAGUUCUAUGACCUGUAUUAUGUUAGCAAAGUAUAUUUGCAUAAUUUAUUCUAAGUCUCAGAAAGGGGCACAGAGCUGAAUUCUACCACCCUGGAAGUCUUACUGAGCUAUGCAGACCUGACUUUGAUAGUGAGCCACAAGCUAGUCUCUGUAAGUACAAGCAUUUAUCCCAUGCUAUAUUAAGUACAUUUGGGGCAUCUCCAUAAAGAAGGGACUCCUCAUGGGUAGGUGCACAUCUAUCAAAUAACUAAUGUCAUCUCACAGACUUGCACUAACCACAAGCUACUAUGACAGUCCUGUUCUUUACCCAGAGAAAUCUCAAUUACAACAUGAGUCUCUGCACUGCAUGUUCCUUUUAAGAAGUUUAUUUAACCAUUGUUUAAAACACCAGGACACCUGCAUCCUCCAAAGGAAACUUGAGUGUUAGGCAAAACAUGCUUGCACAAGAGAUGUUAUGGGUGAUCCUUCUAAAGUCUGCCUUACCUGGAUAACUAUGACAUCAAACUACAUCUGGCCUACAAGGCAAUUUCCCUCACCAUGAUUUGUAAUAAGUUGCAUUUAUUCUAUCUUUCUACAUAAUAAACUCCUGGCUAACAGGUUAAAUCAUGCCUCAUGUUGCAAACUUUUGCCAUUGCAGCUUCAGUAUUUUAAUUAGCUGUAUUUUGGUGUAUCACAGGUGGCUUUUUGUGGGGGGACGGGAGUUACAAGCCUGAAUUUUUAUUUAUUUACAAGAAAGCAAUGACUUGCUGCUAGAACAAGUGAAGAAUGUUACAGGAUAUUUUUCCAGUCUAACCUGAUUUCCAAUGUAUCCUAAGAUAGUAAAAUGUCUUUAAACAAAGCUCUGUGUGUUGUGUCAGGAGCAGAGUACUUCAAUCUACUUAUCUGCA